CAUAGGUCCUCAUUGCCUCGCAGAACCUCGGUAGAAAAUCCUACCGAAAUCCGUCCGUGUCUGUGAAAGGAAACCGAGCCGACUACAGCUCUCAGAAAGCCGAAAAAUAGGACGUGAUUUAGGCUGGACUACUGCUAUCUAUAGUCCAGUGAGAAAAGUCAACUUCGAUUACCACAUUGAAAUUAUCAACCAAGUUUCACCAUGACUGUUACGAAUUCCGAAAGAGUACCAGCAACCAUGUUUGCCUGGAGGAAACAUCGAGGAAGUCCUAAGCCGGUUUUCGAAGAAGUUCCCGUUCCCAAAGUAUCACCAAAUGGCAUUCUUUGUAAGAUGCUGGCAUCUGGCGUCUGCAGAAGCGAUCAUUCGCUUCUCACAAUAGAAAAGCAAGCAUCUUGGUUUCAGGAAAAGUAUAUCCUGGGCCACGAAGGUUGCGGACAGAUUAUUGAGAUCGGCAGCAAUGUUCAAGAUAAUGAACUGAAAGUGGGAGAUAUCGUGGCUCUUCACGCGGUUCCCGGCUGUGGACAAGACGAUUGCCCUGAAUGCUCUCGCGAUCUGGCUCAACUGUGUGAAAGGGGCCAUCAUUCAGGCAUAGGUCAAGAUGGCUUCUAUGCACCAUAUACCGCAGUUGAUAUUCGAGCUGCGGUCAAGGUCCCCGAAGGUGUAACGCCAGCGGAAGCAGCAGUGGCAACUGACGCCGUCAAUACGGCUUUUCACGCCAUCACUAGGAGAGGAGAGGUCAAGAAACAUGAGACAGUAUUUCUGUUCGGUCUUGGUGGUCUGGGUUUCAAUGCUCUUCAGAUUGUUCGUUACAUCGGAGCAAGGGUGAUAGUUUCCGACAUUCGACAAGAACUACUUGAUGAAGCAAAAGCUCUAGGGAUUCCCGAAAACGAUAUUGUUCCAGUAGGAAAACCUCCACAAGACUUUAUAAAAGAGAAUGGCCUGGAAGGAAAGAUAGACACAGUUCUGGAUUUUGUCGGAACCCAUCAGACAUUUGAAGACGCUCAACAUAUCGUGCGUCGUGGCGGCAAACUUCUUUGCAUCGGCAGUCUUGACACAGAAAAUACCAUUCAUAUGAAGAUUGGUACUAGAAAGAGACUUUCCUUCAUCUUCUCUUACGGUGGUCAAGUCAGAGAUCUGGAGAAGGUUCUUGAGCUUAUUGCUUCUGGGCAUAUCAGUCCACGAGUUGAAACCAGAAAGCUUCCAGAUUUUGAGGAAGUUCUUGGGGCGUUGGGUGAAGGAAAGAUUAAGGCGAGAGUAGCUUUACUACAUGAUUAGCC